AUGCUCAUAGCAAACGGAGAGACAAGCAUUUGCCGGUCAUAUAUGGAAUCCCCAUUCUGGGGUAGCACCGAAGAAUGCGGAAUUCAAGGAGGCUUUCGAGUGCAUUGUUUCUACGGACUUUGUUGCGGCCGGGGCUUUAAAGCUUGUGACAGCGGGAAAUGUUGUGACAUUAUGAACUGCGACCGCUCACCACAGUGGCCAGGUUUUGAGGACCAUUGCGACAACUUCGACUUCACAACUACAAACUUGAAUGGCUAUGAAAAAACAGAUGAUGGCUUUUGGCUGCUCAAUGUGAGCGGCACUAGCCGGCGGCUGGAUGGUGCUCUCGUGGCCAAUUCCUCCGAGUCCGAGGCUAUUUGGGGCGGGAACAGGUUCUUGGCCAGAAAGAUUGUGCUGACGGGGUACAGCGGUGUUUGGGCAGCUUCCGAUUCCUCGGGGUACGACUACAAAAUGCUCAGUGAUGGCGUCUACUGCACCACGCCCUGCACUCUCAACAUCACCGUGUCAUCUCAGCAAAUGCCCAUGGUAGUCUCCCUGUACCACAACGAGGAGGAGAGCUAUUGUGGAAGCUGUGCGGCUGUCAGCGUGGACGGGCAGCCUGCUCGUUUGAUCCGCUCCAGUGCAGCACGGGCCCUGGCCUCUUCCAGGAUCACGCGCGGGGCAUCGGAAGUCCCGGGUCCCAGUCCCGAAGGCCAAAUAACCAUCACUAUUGCAUCGCCCGAGAAUGUUCUCGACUGCCCAGUCUGUCCUGAAGGUUGCAGCUGCACAAACCAGCACCCUAAACCCUAA